GAGAGAAUGUAGUUAUUGGUCUUUUAUCCUAUCGAAACAAUUCAAAUCAAAAUCAAACUCAAAUCAAAACCAAAAAGGAACAUUAAAAUAUUCAUCAUCAUUACAUAAUUUACAUUAACAUUGUUCAUAAAUAAAUCACAGAAGAAGAAAAAAGGAGAAAAAAGUGUUAUCAUGGAGAAAAACAGAGCAUCCAUUAUGGUUUCUUCGACAUUGUUGUUUUUCUUGUUUUUUUCAACAUGUGAUGCUAUUUGGCUCACAUUACCGGGUUCAUCGGGAACCAAAUGUGUUUCUGAAGAAAUUCAGCAUAACGUUGUUGUUUUGGCUGAUUAUGCUGUUCUUCCGGUGGAAGCAUACCAUCCCACUAUCUCGGUUAAGGUAAGCUCGCCAUAUGGAAACACUCUUCAUCAUAAUGAGAAUGCUACAGUUGGUAAUUUUGCAUUUACAACUCAAGAGAGUGGGAACUACCUAGCAUGCUUUUGGGUUGCACACAACCCUUCAGGUGCAGAUGUCAACAUGAACCUUGAUUGGAAAAUUGGAGUUGCAGCCAAAGAUUGGGAUUCUGUUGCUAGAAAAGACAAGAUUGAGGGAGUAGAGCUUGAGUUGAGAAAGCUAGAAGGGUCAGUGGAAGCUAUCCAUGAGAAUUUGAUCUAUCUUAGGGGCAGAGAAGCAGAGAUGAGGGCAGUGAGUGAGGUAACAAAUUCAAGAGUGGCAUGGUUUAGUAUUAUGUCCUUGGGCAUCUGCAUUGCAGUUUCAGUUUUGCAAUUGUGGCAUUUGAAAAGAUACUUCCAAAAGAAGAAGCUUAUUUAGAUGCUAAUAGUGUUAGUUCAAUUUUAAAGAUGAAAUUUCAUGAUUUUCUAUAUUUUUAUGACUUACUUCUUCACAAGUAGCCAAAAAAAACUAUAUAGUUGGAGAGUUUCUAACUUUUCUUAUCCUAAGAAUUUUGCUAUAGUUCAUUAG